ACACACAUACAUGCACUUCUUGAGCUGCUGAAAUCUCCCACUGCUGUCAUAGUUACUUGACUAUCUCUGUCUCUCUUUCCUCUACAGACAAGGACAUAAAAGCUGUACUGGAACUUACUGAUAUGUCAGUUGACGUGGUAAACAGAUGUCAGAUAAAAUCCUUCUGAGAGUGGAUUCAUGCCAUUAUCCUUCCAUUUUGCCACAAAUGGAUCAAGUCAAGGAAUUUACUGGGUUUGACCUUUGAUCAUUGAUACUCGAAGCCCGUUUUUAGUUAUGACUCAAGAGGCGGUACUUAUGAGCCUGGCCUUUGCUGUUUUUCUGGGGCUGGCGUUAAUGAUGUGUAUGCGUUGUCGAUUCACUAGGAGGAGAACCAUAAUACGACAGGAAAACAGGCUUUAUGAAAAGAGCUAUCUGGAUGAAAGCAAACGAUUCCAGGUUAUUAGGUCAUAUACAAUAUCAAAAGAGGGACAUGAACUAAGACCACUUCCAGUCCCGGAGGAGACAGAUGAUACAGAAGACACAAGAAAUACAGAUGACACCGAUGAUGCACCAAUAUAUAAAAAUCAGAUGUUUCAACCACCUGAUGACACUAGUUACAUAACUCCAAUAUCUAAUCUUUAUCGUAACUGUGGGCAUUUGCUGAAACCACCAAAUGAUGAUGAUGAUGAUGAUGAUACAAAUUCCUACGAAAAUGUCAUUAUCUCCAAGCAUGCCAGCAUGUUAUCUGGAGACUCUGCUGAAUAUGAAAAUAGCAUCUACAUUGAGAAGUGGACCAAGAAACAUAUAGAGGCUGGGAGCCCAAGCGAUGAAGACAACCAGGAUUAUAUGAAUGUCACCAAGCCUCACCAAUGAAAGAAUGGCUACCUUUUACAUCACUGCUGAAGACAGGACUGUAAUUUAGUGAUCAGCUAUUUAUUCCAGUGACUACCGAACAACUACUAACAUCUCAUGCAAUCGCUUCUGUAACCACAAAGAAGUGAUACCACAAUCUCCUUCUCCAAAAUAGUCAUAGAACAAGAGCAGACACAACCUAUGACUGCUGCUUUUAUUAUUUAUUUGUUUACUAACUUGAUUUACAAACAGCUGGAACUGAUUUUCAAAGGCAACCUGUUCAAACAAUCACUGUACAAAAAUGAUCAUGCAAACAAGCACACUAGUGAUAUUCCAAGCAUCAUGUAUUAGUGCAUCAGACCUUCCAGUUCAGUUUAUCAGAGAAAUUAAAACAAAAAGAAGAAAUGAAGAACAAUAUUUGAAAAUGCUGCAUUUUUCAUGGGUAGCCAGUUUUAGAUGGAACAGCAAAGGAACUUGCAUCUAACCAUCCAUACAUCAUUCUUUUUCACAAUUAUAAGAUGCUAGUAAUGUGGCAAGAAGAUGCCUGCCUCAAGGAUAGAAGAUGGCUCCUGAAUUACAUGGCAAACUUUAGAUAGUGACCAUUGAAAUAUGCACUAUGGGGAGUUUCAGACAGAAACAUAAUUGUCAGACUAUGUCAUAUGUCAAAAGAAAUACACUGAAGCUGAUAAUGACAAAAGGGUCAAGUGUGAAGGCAGCAAAAGAAUUGCAAACCUUGUGUUCUGAUUAAUACUUUCUGCUUCACUGAAGCAGUACCAUGUACAUAUCCAAACAAGUACUGAAGCUUGGAGAACCAACACCGUAGCAGCAGUCUUUAUGCUGGGGGCCCAGAAAGUAGCUAAAACACACUGUAAAGACUUGGCAUAGCCACUUCAUGCCCUUCUCUAUCCUUCUCUGACUGGACUUUUAUAUGGUUUCGAUGUGUUAUGUGCACAGUAAUCUAGAAUACACUGUAAGGAACAUGUUAAAGUUAUGUGGCUGUUUUAAACUGCAAAAAAUUUAAAAUAAUUCUGUAAUUAUUUACAGUAAUACAUGUUCAACUAUGAUUUGAUAUCAGUACAUGCUUUUAGGGGGUAUUGCUAAAAAAAUGCAUGCAAGAAACUUUACGAUUACAACUACUGUAUUGUUUCUGAAAUGUAUCUUUAUGUGUAUUGUCAUUGACAUGAAAAUGUAUUGAAAUACCACAGCACACUGACAGUCUAAGGAUGCAGCGAGACAUUCUAACAGGUUAAAUAAUAUGAGAAACACAGGACUGUUUCCCCACAUCUCCACUUCAGCAGAGGUCAUCCAUACAUUUUCAUGGUGACUUCCAAACAGGGAUCAUUAACUCAAACAUAUUUCUCUCACUGGAUUAAUUGAAUAUGAGUGUAAAGUUAUCGAUUCGUAUUGCACUACUCUGUUAUUGUUAACAUCUACCUUUGCUGGGGAGCUUGCCAUAGUCAAUAGCUUUUAAAUGUCUUGCUUAUAAUUAUUCUGAGAUUAAAGUGAAUAGCAUCAUACUCCAGAUAGCGAUGCUGAAGAAGACCGACAUUCAGCUGAUCUGAGAAAGCAAUGGACCUGCAGCUGUGGGGAGGGGGGGGGGAGUGUACCUAUCUUAAGAAACACAUUUUGACACUGAAAUUUGGGACAGUAAGAUUUAUUGUAUUAAGCAAAAACAGCUAUGACUGUUGCAUGACUAAUGAUCAUAAGAAUACAGUGCAUAGACAAAAGCAUUUUAUUUUAUUUUCCAUUUGUUAACCA